AUGGACAACCCUGAAUCUGUUCCUGCUGCUGCUGCUGAUGCAGCAGCAGCUGCUGCUGCUCCUCCUGCUGCUGCUGCUCCUGGUGGUGAGCCAGCAACAGGAGCAUCCUGCCGCACGAGGAAAAAGGGCCAACGCAGCAGCAGUAAGAAACCGCGCAGCAGCAGCAAGAAUCAGCGCAGCGGCAGAAAGGGCAACUGCAACAGCAGCAACAGCAACAACAGCAGCAGCAGGAACAGCAGCAGCAGCAGCAGCAGACAAGAGCCACCAUGGAAAGAAAAGGAGAACAGUAGUAACGAUGUACGUGCAGCAAGUGCAGCAGAGACUGCUGCUGAUGAGGUGCAUAUACACCCCAACGAUAUAAAGGAGCAGCAGCAGCAGCAGCAGCAGCAGCAGCAAGAUGCUGCUGCUGUCUUUAAACCAACUGCAGCAAAAUCUGCUUCUGCAGCAACCAAAGAAGAAGAUGCAGCAGCAGUAAAUCCUGCAGCUGCAGCAACAGCAGCAGCAGCAACAGCAGCAGCAGCAGCAGCAGCAGCAGCAAGCGCACCAUCUGAAUCAGGAGAAGAAUCAUAUAAAUCAUCCGAAUUAUCAUCAGCAGCAAAUGCUGCUGCAGCUGCAUCUGCUGCUGCAGGUCGUGCAGCAGCAGCAGCAGCAGCAGGAACAAAAUAUGGAUCCUCUCCUGCUGCUGCUGCUGCUGCUGCUCCUGCUGCAGCAGCAGCAGCAGAUGUUGGUGUCCGAUUUGAAGUUGCAUGCGGCGCUGUGAGCGACGACAGCAGCGAGGAUUUAGCUGCUAAAAAAACAGCAGCAGCAGCAGCAGCAGCAGCAGGAGCAGCAAAUAAAGAAGGAGAAGGAAUAAAUAUAGCUAAUGACCCAUUAACUGUCUCCUCUGCUGCUGAUGAAUCUUGCUGUGGUGGUGUCUCCCUUGUAUUUUGUCUCUUUUUUGCGCUACAAUUAUUCACAAACUUUGAUUCAGGUGUUGUCCCUGCUAUCUUACCAACACUUAAACAAGAAUUUAAUCUUGAUGGUACUACAGAAGGUAUAUUUGAUGCAGCAAGACGUGCAGGGAUGCAGAUACUUGAAUGGCGUUUUGCUCUUUUCUUACAAUUUAUUUUUUUGCUUCUUCUUGCUACCCUAUGGGGAUUUACACCAAGAAAAUAUCUAGAGGUACAUAUAUCUACUGCUGCUGUUGCUGCUGCUGCUGCUGACGAAGAAGAAGAAGAAGAAGAUAUUGAUGCUAUAACAGAAGGAGAAGAAGGAGAGGAAUACCAUGAUGUAUUAUCCUCCUCUUCUUCUUCUUCUUCUUCUUUUUCUUCCUCCUCCUUAUCUCAUACUAUUGUUGAUACAGAGACAGAUGUAGAAAAAGGACAAGGAGCAGCAGCAGCAGCAGCAGCAGCUGCUGCUGCUGCUGCUGCUGGUAGUGGUGCUGCUGGUGCUAGUGGUCGUCGUUCAUCACAUAAGCAACAGGAUGGUAGUGGUAAUAGUAAUGCAGCAGCAGCAGCAGCAGCAGCAGCAGCAGCAGCAACAGGACCUCGUCGUGGUCGUAGCUUCGUGCUGCAGCAUUUUGCUGCUAGACGUUCCUUAGAGAAUAAAGAAAAAGAAGAAAAAGAUAAUAAAAAACAUACACGCAAAGCAGAUUUAUUCCCUCCUAAUGCCCAACAGCGUCGGCUGUAUAGACAGCCAACAGUAGGGGGGGCCCCCCUUCGUCGUAUAAAUGGUCCUGCUGCUGCUGCUGCUGCUGCUGCACCUAGUGGUGCAGCAGGAGCAGCAGGAACAGCUGCAGCAGGAGGAGAGCAGCAAAGAGGUAGGUGUUGUGCAGCAGCAACUUUUGCUGAUAAUAAUACACGAUUAGGGGGGGGGGCCCAAGGGGCCCCUGGGGCCCCUGGGGCCCCAGGGGGCCCAGGGGGCCCCACUAGAUGGGUAUCAAGGGCCCGAUCUGCUCUUGAGCCAAGAGAAGCAAGAAGAAUUCCUUUAUCAGGUGUUGCUUCCUUAGCGUCAUGGGGAGGAGGGUACCCAAUAGCAGCAGCAAGAGGUGCUCGUGCUGCAGCAGCAGCAGCAGCAGCAAGAUCACGUACAGGUGUAAUAGAUAGUUCAUACCCAUCAGGUGCAGCAGGAGAUGAUUAUCUACAUCAUCAUCAUCAUCACCAUCAGCAGCAGCAGCAGCAGCAGCAGCAGCAGCAGCAGCAGCAGCAUAACGGUAUACAGUACCAGAUGACGUUCCUUACUCCCCAUCCAACUACGUUAGCCUUUGAGGCAUUGAAUUGGGCAUCGGGUACCCUAGACCCUAUGGUACUAGUACAGAGGGAGGGGGGGAAGCAGCAGCAGCAGCAGCAGCAGCAGCAGCAGCAGCAGCAGCAACAGCAGCAGCAGCAGCAGGGUAGUAGUAGACAAAAUGAUACUGGCACAGAAAGACUUAGGACUGCAUGCAGUAUGACUGCAGCAGCAGCAAUAGAAGGAGAUAAUGAUGAUCCUGCUGCUGCUGCUGCUGCUGCUGGAGGAGGAGGGGCCCCUGAGCAACAAGAUGGUAAGGGGGCCCCUGAUGUAUGUCUAGAUAUGAGUGGCAAAAAGAAGGAUGCUGCUGCUGCUGCUGCAGCAGAUGAUUCAUCUGCUGCUGCUGCUGCUGCAGUAGGCACCACAGAUAAACUACAAGAUGAACAUGACAAGAAAGAAGAAUAA